AUGCCACGUAAGCUACGUAAGAAUAUACGUAAGAGGAAGAGAGCAUUGAAACAUCCAAUAGUAAGACUAACACCACAACAACAGUUGCAACAACAAAUGCUGAAUGACCCCACUAUGUUGCAACAAAUGUCAAGCAAUCCUAUGCUUUUAAACCGAGUUGUUGGUGCACAGAGUGGAGGUUUAAGAGCGGCACUUUUAGCGAAAAUGGCAGGCUAUGGUGGAGCUGCAGACGGAACAGCAUAUAACCCUCAAAGUCAAAUGAAUUUGAGUUCACUCAAAAAUCAAAUAACAGAUGUCAAAAAGUCAAACAUAGACAUACAGAAGCAAAUAAGUGAAAACGAAAAGAAACUAGAAUAUGACAGACACACAAAGAAACUCAAUGAGUUAAACGUAGAGAAAAAGAAGAAAGAAGAACAACUGAAAGAACUAAGUACAGAGGAAUAUGCGAAAAAAGUGUCAGAAAAAGCAGCAGAAGUAGCAAAAAUGGAACAAGAUGUUGUAAAUUUGAAAAACCAUACUACUCGAUAUAAAGUACUGAAAGAUGAAGAGAUAAAACAAAAAGCCCUGAAGACAUAUAUGGAUAGCGAUGAGUAUAAAAAGGAAGUUGAAGCAAAUGUAAAGGCAGAAAAACUUUUACAGUU